AUGGCCGACAAACCCGAGAUUCAAUCCCAAGACGCCGUCGAAGACGUCGUAACCGAAGCACGCCAGCAAAAAGAAAUCGACACCGUCCACCAAGAUGAAGCGAUGAAAGUGCUCGCCUCCUACGACGGCGACCUCCACUGGACCCCCGCCGAAGAAAAAGCCCUCGUCCGCCGCAUCGACUUCCGCCUCAUGCCCAUCCUGAUCGCGACCUACGGCCUGCAGUACUACGACAAAGCCAUGCUGGCCCAAGCGGCCAUCUUCGGGCUGAUCGAGGACUUGGACUUGGACGUGGGGACGAGGUAUAGUUUCUCUGCGUCGAUCUUUUAUCUGGGGUUUAUAUGUGGAGCGACGCCGGCUAUUCUCAUGGCGCAGCGGUGGCCGAUUGAGAGGGUGGCGACGGGCAUUGUGUUUGUGUGGGGGGUGGUUAUGAUGGCGACGGCGGGGUGUAAGAGUUACUCUGGGUUCUUUGCGCAGAGGUUCUUCUUGGGUAUGAUCGAGGCGGGCGUGUCGCCAAUGUUCAUGCUGGUGGUGUCGGGCUUCUAUCGGAAGCAUGAACAGGCGCUUCGCAUGGGUCUAUGGUACUGUGCGACAGGCUACGUCUCUAUCAUCUCGCCGCUCAUCAACUACGGAUUGGGCCAUAUCAACGGCGGCUCACUGAACUCCUGGCAAUACAUGUACCUGGUAGCAGGUGCUCUAACCGUCAUCUGGAGCUUCGUCAUCUUCUUCUUCAUGCCGCCGGACCCGAUCCGAGUGAAGGGUUUCACAGAACGACAGCGAUACAUUGCAGUUGCGCGACUUCGAUCAAACAAUGCUGGAGUGCGGAACACGCAUUUCAAAGCCCGCCAGGCGCUGGAGGUCUUUAUGGAUCCGAAAUGCUGGCUGGUGUUCGCCAUGGCUUUCCUGACGAUGAUCGCGAACGGACCCGUCUCAACGUUCAUCCCCAUCAUCAUCCAAAGCUUCGGCUUCAACCAGCUCAACUCCCUCCUCCUCGUAAUGCCCUCCGGCUUGAUUAUCGGCACGAUCGAAUGGGUGGCUCCCUACGUCUGCUACCGAUGGGCUAACAAGCGGACCUGGGUCAUCGUCGUGUGCCAGAUGGGCACUGUUCUCGCCGCUCUUCUGCUCUGGCAGCUGCCCCGCAACGCCACCGGCGGUCUGCUGUACGGAGCGUUUACGCUGGCGUGCUUUGGCGGCAGCUAUGCGGUCUUGAUGGGGCUGCAGACGGCGAAUAUCGCUGGGUAUACUAAGAAGAGCGUUGCUGCGAGCUUCAUCUUCCUUGGGUAUUGUCUGGGAAACUUUGUCGGGCCGCUCCUGUUCAAAGCAGAAGACUCUCCAGUCUACGCUCCCGGUUUCAUGGCCGUCGUCAUCACCUCGCUGCUGGUCGCGGUUCUCUCUGUCGUAUACCGGUAUCUUGCGAUCUGGGACAAUCGAAGGAGAGACAAGACAGGGACUUUGGAGGACUUUGACAAUGCUUACGACGACGAUCUAACGGAUACCAAGAACCCGCAGUUCCGAUAUCAGCUUUAG